AUGAAAAGGGGGGCUUCGGUCUCAAUCCUUCGAGGGCAUGAACAUCGCGAUGCGUCGGCGCGGAGUGGACGAGGAGGUACGAGGUACGAGGAGAAGAACUUCACUCGGCUGAAUUCGCUGCUCUCUCCGCUUGCGUUAGCAGCACACGAACACGAGCUGCACUCGCAUCAGUCCACCUUGAGAACUUACGAAAUUGAAGGUUAGG